ACACCUGUCAUCAUUCAGUUACUAGAUUCAAUGUUGACUUCAGUGAUUUGAGUUAUUUUUUUAACACUGGCAUGAAUUUUAAUAUUCAAAGUAAAUAAUUGAACAACUUAAACGAAAAUUUGGAUAUGGGGAAAACAACGAGAGUAGUUGUUUGUGGAAUGAAAGGUGUAGGAAAGACCGCGUUAUUGGAACAACUUAUAUACGGGAAUGUCAAUGUCAAGACAGAAAUUCAUCCUACGAUCGAAGAUAUUUAUGUUGCAAACAUAGAAACGGACCGUGGCACGAAGGAAAAAGUGCGAUUUUAUGACACGGCAGGACUGGAAUCUCUUCAAAAUAAUGCAAAUAAUCAACAAUUACCGCGGCAUUAUCUUGGUUUUGCAGAUGGAUAUGUUCUAGUUUAUGAUACUGCUAAACCUGAAUCUUUAGAUGUACUUUUUCCAUUGAAAAAGGAUAUUGACAAAAAUAAAGACAAAAAGGAAAUAACCGUGAUCGUUAUUGGAAAUCGAAGUAAAACAGAAGAAGACUCUCAUAGUUUGGAGAAUACAGCAAGCAAGGCUGCAAAUUGGUGUACAAGAGAGAAAUUGAAACACUAUGAAGUAAAUGUUAUGGAUAGGGGAAGUUUGUUUGAAGCAUUCAUUAAUUUAUCCUCUAGAUUGAAUCCUCCUACCAAUAAGAGUACAUUCCCACAAUUAAGUAUGGGUAGAAAAAAUAUUAAAGUUGAAGGUCCUUAAUUA